AUGGCGACCAAGAGCCAUCCGAACCUGGUGAGGCUGCUGGGGUACUGCUUUGACAUGAGCUACGAGGCGGAGCGCAUGGAGCAGAUCGUGGUCUAUGAGUUCAUGGCCAACGGCGACCUCGACCGCUGGAUCGGACCUGUGGUGAUGCUGGCGGUGAUCACGGCUCGCAAGGCCAUCUACAACAUCGAGUCAAACCAAGUCAACCUCAAGCAAUGGGCAGCAUCGCUGGUGGCAGCAGGGGACGUGGCGGCACUAAAGGACCCGCACCUGCAAGCACCGGACGACCUGGUGCUGCGCAUGGCACGCCUGGCGCUCACCUGCACCGCCAUGCCCACGGCGUCUCGCCCGGGCAUGAGCCGUGUGCUGGCAGAGCUGCUGCUGCUCAAGGAGGAGUUCUUCGGGGAGGACGAGGACCGCAUGGCUGUUAGGAUUGACCACGAGAUCGAGAGCUCCGAGCAGGUCGACUUCAGCUUGGAGCUGGCUCGUCUUCAGGGGGUUCAGCAUGGUAGUUAG